AUGUCCAGGCCUCUGCUUUUCUGGGAGAACAUAUUCAUUUCAACUGAUGAACUUGAUGUUAUUAACACUCGAUUCGGAGUAUAUCUUGCUGGUGUUGUGGACAACGAUAUGAAAACAAUUGGAUCCAAAUUAUUAUGCCAAUGUUAUGAUACCGUAAAAAAUGUCUCUCGUACGACCGGAUCAUCAUCAUUUUAUAUUGAACGUGGCUCUAUAAAUAUUUUUGGAGCAUCCACUGCUCACAAAGCCUCUAAUGUUAUGCCAAUGGAAAUCCUCUCUGUACAACCAAAUAUUGUUCAUAUUUUAAUAGUUGCUCGUCUAUUGGCACAAUAUAAACCAAUUUUUGUUUUUGCUCAACAUCCAGAAGAAGAUGCAGUACCAACAUCAGGUUUACUUCUUACUGUUCCACUUGAUAUCGAAGAAGCUAGACAACAUAUUUUGAAUCCUAUUCCAACAACUGAAACAAUGUUGCUUUUAAAACCUAAUGUGACUGUUGCCGUGAAGGAAACUGAUCAUGAAUACGAUGGAACAAUUCUAUCUGCUCGUAAUGUUAUACGUCGAAUAAUCGAUUUCGAACAUGAAAAAUCAUUACAAACAGAUGCUAAUGGAAAUUCUUUUUAUACACCGUUACAACGAGCAUUUCAGAGGAAGAGCAGCAAUAAAUUAGCAAGAUUGGCUGGUAUAUGUCAAACAAUAUCGUAUGCUGUUCAAUUAUGUACAGAAUGUAUCAAUAUGGUUAGAUUUGGUGACGGACUAUUUCUUAAAGAAUUUAUUGAUGAUGAACAACUACGUUGGCUCAACAAAUUUCAUGAUAAAAUUAAAGAAUUAACUGAACGUGAUAUUUCUAAAGCACCGAAAUAUGGUGGUGAUCAACGACCUUUGCUCUUUAUUGAAAAACCAGCAGUUCAUGCAUCCGAAAUUUUAUUUCAGUAUACUGCAACAACUAUUUCUACCCUUUUUGAUGCUACAUCACUAAAUGCUACUGAAUCAACAAAAAAUGAUAAUAAAUUUUCCAAAAAUGAUCAAAUAUUGAAAAGGUAA